UUAUAUUAUUUUUGGUUACACCCUUCGUUCUUCUCACCAGCAAAGCUCAAACCUUGAAGUUCGCUCUCUAAUGGCGUUUUUCUCCUCCACCUCCCGUGCUAUCCUUCGGCGUCUUUCCAGCAAUCGCUAUGCUCUUACCCCUGGUCGAGCUCUUUCCUCCUCUGCUGUUGACACCAGUGGCUACCACGUCAGUGGUGGCCCGUCCUUCAUGCGCGGCACGGUGUUCUGGGAGCCCAACAAGCCGCUCACAAUCGAGGACUUCCACAUGCCCCGACCCAAAUCUGGAGAGGUCCUGAUUAAGACAAAAGCAUGUGGAGUCUGUCAUUCUGAUCUUCAUGUCAUGAAAGGCGAACUUCCAUUUUCUAGCCCUUGCGUUGUGGGCCAUGAGAUCACCGGAGAGGUUGUUGAACAUGGUGCCCACACUGAUAGUGGGAUUGUGAAAAGGUUUCCCAUUGGGGGUCAUGUGGUCGGAGCAUUUAUUAUGCCUUGUGGUAAUUGCUUCUUUUGUGUAAAGGGCCAAGAAGAUCUUUGUGAGGCAUUCUUUGCAUAUAACCGAGCAAGAGGAACACUUUAUGAUGGUGAAACCCGAUUGUUUUUGCGUAGCAAUGGAAAGCCUGUGUACAUGUACAGUAUGGGUGGUCUUGCUGAAUACUGUGUUGUGCCUGCUAAUGCAUUAGCAGUUCUCCCUAACUCACUGCCCUAUUCUGAAUCAGCUAUUCUAGGUUGUGCAGUCUUCACUGCUUAUGGUGCUAUGAGACAUGCAGCUGAGCUGCGUGCUGGUGAUUCUGUUGCUGUCAUUGGUGUUGGUGGUGUUGGGUCAAGUUGCUUGCAAAUAGCACGAGCUUUUGGGGCAUCCGAGAUUAUUGCUGUUGAUGUUCUUGAUGAAAAGCUUCACAGUGCAAAAUUGCUUGGAGCUACUCACACUAUAAAUGCAAUGAAGGAGGAUGUUGUUGAUCAAAUCAAGGAAAUUACUGGAGGAAUGGGGGUAGAUGUAGCUAUCGAAGCAUUGGGGAAGGCAUCAACUUUUGCACAAUGCACAAAAAGUGUACGAGAUGGAGGAAAAGCUGUGAUAAUAGGCCUUGCAGCAACUAAUGUUGUGGGUGAGGUAGACAUUACCCGCCUUGUUCGCAGACAGGUGAAGAUUAUCGGAUCAUAUGGUGCGAGAGCAAGACAAGAUCUUCCGCAAGUAGUUAAGCUUGCGGAGGCUGGCACAUUUGACCUACAAAAUACUGUUUCAAGAAAAUGCCAAUUUGAGGAAGCAAACCAAGCUUUUGAGGAUCUGAACCAUGGAAAAAUUGUUGGCCGAGCAGUGGUUGAGAUAAUGUAGCUCAAUCUUUGAACCAUGAUCAAGUAAAUACAUUGGCCUGGUGUUGCUGCUGAUUCAUUGCCAUCAGCAGCGAAGGUUGUUGUUAGUUCUUGGUGUUAUCCAUUUGAAUGGUUAUUAAUGAGAAACACUCAUGCAAAUAAAUGGGUUUUUGGGUUUCA